AUGAGAGUUAAAGUGAGCUGUGCAGGUGCUACCGACAAGGUAGUUAGCGUAAACGGAGAAAGCUCUCUCAGAGAGUUGUUAAAAGCAUGGGGGGAAAUCGAUGGCAUCCGGUGGGUGAGAUAUGGAUAUCCGCCACAGGUGUUAGAAGUGACGACGGCAAACGUAGGCCAGAGCCUUAGUGGCCUGGGGAUUGGUUCGGGGGAAAAGGUUACCAUCGUGCGGGAGGACACGCCGACAGCAAAGACAGCGCAGUUGGCACAGCCGGUGCAGCGAGUGCGGCUGCAUGAGAACCAGAUUUCAUUGGAUGGUAUCUGGCCCGGCAAAAUUCUACAGGUUCACUCAGUUCCGGACGACAAUUCUUGCAUGUUCCACGCUAUUUCUUACUGCACAAGCCAGGAUCUCUCACGAUCACAAGAGUUGCGUGGAGUUGUGGCUACGCAGAUCGCGGGCGACCCCAUCGAAUACUCCGACGCCAUCCUGGGGCGGCCGAAUCACGAGUACUCGCGGUGGAUCUUGAAACGCAGUUCUUGGGGCGGUGGCAUCGAGCUCGCAGUGCUAUCGCGCGUGCUCAAGACCUGUAUCAUGGUAAUGGACGUGGACGCGUGCAAAUUCGAAAGGUUCAACGAGGAGCAGUUCGACAAUUUUGUGAUGGUGGCGUUCAACGGUGUGCACUACGAUGCGAUGGAGGUAAUUGAUGAGACCGGCAGCCGCCGACCCCUCACGGUGUUCAACCAAAAGGCUCACAGAGCGGACGCGAUGCUAGCACGAGCGCUGGAAGCGGCUGCGCGGCUGAAGAAACACGGCUAUUCUUUCAAUACCACACGCGACCGGAUCCGGUGCAAUGUGUGCGGGCAUCAUUUUGUGGGCGAGCGCGAGGUUGCGCGACACGCUGAGAAAACCGGCCAUGUCGAUUUCGGUCAGAGCAGUGGUAUCUCCCGCUAG